AUGGCGGCAGUACGACUGCGCAAAGUGAUUCGAUACCCAGAGGAUUCUGAUGAUGGACAUGAGGAGCUCGAUGAGCAGGAACAGGAGCAAGUGAUUCAGCAGUUGCAGCGCCAGAAUGAUGCGCGCAACGCCCAGUACAAUUUGGUCUUCACGGGUAUCCCCCUGAUCUCUGCAACUGCAUUCUUUCCCGGGAUCCUGUCUGCGCUGAGUUGGACCGAACAGCUCUUGUCGCUGCUGGGGAUUCUGUCACUACUAGGCACGGCCUAUACCAUGCGGCACUCUCCCCUGAAGCCGGAUCGCAAGGGGAAAAAACCCGUUACGGCCGAAGAUGAGCGCCUGGCUAGGUUGCGCGGGGCUCUUCUUCCUGCAAAUGGGGCUGUUUGCUUGUUGCUCACUGCGGCUUACUUACUCUCGGGGUCGAACUCAACCUAUACCACCCGGCCUGUAUUAUAUUUGAUCCCAGGAGCUAUGUUCGCAGCUAUCUUGCUCGCCCGAGACACAAUGCUUUCGGUGGACCUCUCGGCCCUCAAAGAUCUGCAGUAUGAGUACAAGGGUGCAUAG